AUGGAUGCUAUGAGCCGAGCCUUACUUAAAGCUGCUUGGUCGCCAUUUUCAGAUGACAUUGAAUGGGCCCCAAUGCCAAGCAGAUUUACGUGCCCACCAUUCAACUCUUAUGAUGGGAAGACGGACUCGGUAGAGCACGUCAACCACUACAUCCAGAUGAUGUCCUUGCACACUCACAAUGACGUGAUGUGUAAGGUAUUUCCUUCAAACCUCAAGCCAAUUGCUUUGAGAUGGUUUAAUGGGUUACAGAAGGGUUUCAUUCACAGUUUCGCCGAGUUGAUCCAAGAGUUCGGUGUUUGCUAUGCCAGUCGAUAUUGGGAACUCUACAAUGAGAUCGGUGGGGGAAAUGAGAAAAUUGCAGUGAGCACCUUUAGAAUGGGGUUUCUCGAGGACUCUGAAUUGCAUGAGUCGCUGACGAGGAAGCCUUUUGAGGAUAUGAGGCAACUUAUGAGGCGCAUUGAGGAGUACAAACGCUUAGAGGAUGACCGAUUGUAG